AUGUCUGACCCUGAAACCAACAACCAUGAAGAACCCACAUUCCCCUCCAAGCGCAAGCCCGACCAAGAAGACACCCACGAUUUUCCGAACAAAAACCCCAAGACAACAACCACCUUAGACGACAACAAUUCCCAUGAAUCCGAAGUUCCCACCACCACCAAUUCUUCUUCCGAACCCGACGUCGCUCCCGUCAAAGAAUCCGGCGGCGACGAUGGGGACGACGACAAUGAACCCGAAAACGACACUGACGACGACGAUGAUGAAGACGAAGAGGAUGAUUCUGAUGUAGAGCGUGUGGUGGACCGGAAGGGGAAAGGGAUUUUCCGGGACGACAAGGGAAAAGGGAAAUUGAUUGAAGAAGAUGAUGACGACGAAGAGGAUGACAGUGACGACAGUGAUGACAGUGAUGAUGAUUCCGAUGGCAAUGACUCGCCGGCGACCUGCUUACUCCGGGGUGAACAUUUCUGGAGGCGCAGGCCAAUGAUGCUUAGAUUUUGCAGAGGACUCCUGACUCUGGACCGUGCAGCAUAA